CAGCGCCGGGCCCGAGCCACCAUGGUCCUUCGGUAUAUACGCUCAAGGGUAAAGGGAGACACUAUUCUCUACCUUGCCGUCUCGACCACGACCGCUACCCAGCAACUGGCGAGCGUCGUCAGGUUCGCUCUCGUAAGCGUCCCUGCUACCAUACUCUUACGGAUCUUCCAGACAAUCCAGAGUGUACAGAGGAAUAAGAGUGAAUGUUACCGACUAGCUAAUCGCUGUCUUGCUUUGCUGGUAGAUAUCAGCGAACAUAUGGAUGAUCGCUGGGACUCUGCACCUCCAUCUCUUGCGAAAGCGCUGAAUAAGUUUGAAAAGACACUCCAGUCUAUCUAUGACUUCUUGACAAACAUCGCAGGCGCAAAAUGGCACGUCCGCUUAUUCAGAAAAGGUUUCAUUGAGGACACCUUGGCCGACUUCCAUGUUCUUCUUGAUGAUGCUGCGAGAUCCUUCCAGAUUGCCACUCUCAUCAACAUUCACUAUUCUGUCGGCGACAAGAACGCUCCUAAGGCCGCCUUGCGAGCGAUACCCUCUGCAGAGAAAGAAGUGGAUUAUGUACAUGGGUCACUGGAGGUCGAGCAGAUACUGUCACCUGCUAUAGAAUAUCAAGAACGUCAUUUUACUCAAUACCAUCAGUCGGAAUCCACAUUGCGAGGGAGACCAUCCAUUCGAGGCGGAUGGUGGGCGGGAGUAGUCGAUGCCCGACUAAACGGCCGAGAAGUUUUGGCGAAGCAAUACAGCGGAAGUCGCAAGGAAGCCGCUAAGGAAUGGGCACGGGAUGUGAAGAUCCUGCAGAACAUCUUCCACCCUAAUUUACCCCAGAUGCUUGGAUACUCUUACCAAGAUGCUCGUACCCCCUUCAUCCUGCUUGCAGAUGUGCGAGCAAAAUCUCCAAGAGAACACAUGCUUGAGACCCUCAAGAAGUCCAGCUUGUCCGAUUGUAUCCACUCGAUAUUACGCCUGUACCUUGAUACAUUGGAUGCAGCAAUCUAUCUGCAGAGACAGCUGGAUUUAACUGACUCUAAGAUCCAAGAUUAUGUCGAGAACGCGAGCUAUCGAAUUGAUACUGACAAGAAGCUGAUCAUGGGAUUACCUCCGCUGGAGGUUGACAGAAUCACUAGUUGGCGAAACUAUGAUUUGGCAGGCUCUAUACAGCAGCUAUACCUCAAGCUAGUUCCAAGUAAUGGAAUCGCUGAGGGUCCGUUUGACCGCAAAAACUCCAAAGAGAACGCCGAGAUCGAAGAGAAAAUCAACCAUGCCAUAACCAUCCUCAAGGCCGUGCUCCCAGACUCUAACCAACCUUCCACCAUUCUCGCACGUCUUCAGAAGCUUCUCGGCGAGAACGAAGAUGACCAGACUUUUCUCAUGUCAAAUCAAGGACCGACUCUCCGGCAAAUCAGGUUGGCCGCGCUCCAGGCGGGUACUCACAACCACAUGUGGAGAGAGAGCGUGGUCCCUCCCAAUACGUAUGCCAUAGGAGACCUUGGAUACGUAUCCGGCGAGGGCACCUUUGUGCAGUCGUUCACUGUGCUGUGCAAUGUAAUCAAAGAAGGGCUGGUCUCAAUGGAUAUCAGCCAAGGGGCAGACGGGACCCAACAGAUCGGGAUGGGCAAUCGUUAUACCGGCAGGGACACAGCAAGAGAUACAGAUAGUCCAACCAUCGUCCGUGAGCUCUGUGGGUUCUGCGUGGCGAUUCCUUCUCCAUCACGGCAAGAGUCUGGCGCAGAUAUACAGUGCUUGGACCAGCGUUUCUCAGUGGCCGACAUGGUCCGCAAUGGCUUCAAUGUGGGCCCACAGCAUAUGAUGUCUCCCGAGCAGCAGAGUUUCGGUGCAUUCAGCCAGCGCGCACAGCCACAACAAGGAUUCGGCGCGUUUGGUCAACAAGCCCAUUUCCGCCAGGGAUUCAGUGCACCGAUUGCACCGCAAAUCGUAUAUCUAUUCACUUCCAUGGACAAGGAGGAGGAAUGGUCCGAUGCUCCCAUACCCCGCGGGCCAGCUCCGGCAGGUCGAAAGACAUAUCACCUGUUAAGAGCAGAAAACUUCGCGUUUCUCAACUAUGUACAGUUACAUCCUGAAGAUUUCGUGGACUAA